CCCGCCGUGCGCGCCCUGGCCCGGCGGCUCCGCGACCUGGGCCCGGCCAGCGCCGCCUUCCGCGCCCGCUGCGCCGCCGCGCUGCUGGAGAAGCUGCACGGGCUGGGGCUGGUGAACAGCCGGCAGUCGCUGGCCGUCUGCGAGAGCCUCUCGGCCGCCGCCUUCUGCCGCCGGCGCCUGCCGUGCCUGCUGGUGAAGCUGCGCAUGGCGCAGAACCUGCGCCACGCCGUCACCUUCGUGGAGCAGGGGCACGUCCGCGUGGGGCCCGAGGUGGUGACGGACCCCGCGCUGCUCGUGCCCCGCGCCGUCGAGGACUUCAUCACCUGGGUGGACGCGUCCCGCCUGCGGCAGAAGGUGCUCGACUACAACCAGGAGCGCGACGACUUCGACCUGGCCGCCUAGGGCUGCCCUGUUCACAGGACAACAC